ACACAUCAAUACCGCUCCCUGUUGUGGUCCCCUGUGUGAUUUUCCUUUAUUUGACGCUAAACGAAAUGUGGCUGUGUGUUAUGCAACCUUUUAUUUUCUCUGAGGACUAAAAGGUGAAGAUUUAGCACUAGCUUUCUCACCUUCAGCUUCCUCUGAACCGCCUCCAGCCGCACAGGAAGUGCAGAGAUCUGUUCUGCUGUCACUUCGUACUCGGACAGGAUGCUGACGACUUCCCUCUGCCUGAUGAUGGUCUGCCUGAGGAUCAGCCCCGACAGGUCUCAGUUCUUCAAGUAUCAGUCUUUCACUCUGAGGUGCGAGGAUCCGUUAAACUCCACUAAAUGGACGGUGAAGAAGAGAACGUCGGACGGUGUCAGGGCCUGUUCAUCAUCAGGAUCCACCUGCAUCAUCAGGACCGCCUACCCGACAGACACGGGGGUCUACUGGUGCGAAUCAGAUGAAGGGAAGCGAAGCAACCAGAUUAAUGUCACCAUCACUGAUCUCUCAGUUAUCCUGGAAAGUCCUGCCCUGCCGGUGAGGGAAGGAGCGGCCGUGGUUCUACGCUGUAAAGCUGAGACACACUCCACCAGCUACACCUACGAUUUCCUCAAAGAUGGCGACUUCAUCUGGACCAACUCCACAGGGGAGUUGAUCAUAAACGCUGCAUCCAAAUCUGACGAAGGAUCUUAUACAUGCAGCAUCUCCGGAGGAGCAAAGUCCGAGAGCAGCUGGCUGGUGGUAUCGGGUGACGCAGACGCCUCACAGUUACAGAUCACUCCAGUUUCCCCAUCGUCCUCAGCUCCGCCUGCAGACUCAGAAUCCAUUUCUGUCUUCACACUUGUGGUUCACCUGGUGGUGGGAGCGCCUUACCUGCUGUCCACAAUCCUACUUGGACUCAUAUACAAAGACAGGAACAAAGAGGCUGAGAUGGUUGAACACCAAGACAAAAGGAAUCAAGUUGUCAUGGAAGUAGUUGCAUAGCCUCAUGUCUUUUCAGCUCAAACGCAUGAGAUGAAAUAGUUUUGUUGACCGCAGAAAGUUUAUUUGUGCCAGUACUGAGUAUUUGCUGCACUGCUUGAAAACUGUUGGACUUAAUGAACUUUUGGAAAGUGUUUUUGCUUUGAUGAAACAUGUUUGUGAGGGGACAUUGAUUUAUGUCAGAAUGUGUGAAAUAAAGCUCUGUGCUUAAAGGAAAUGGGCGAAUCAUGCA